GCUGCUUUGCCAGCAAGUGACAAACGGCCGACAGGGGUCCUCGUACGUCGUUCAGCUCUGCCACAGCUGGCCUGCAAAACUCCUGAAGAGCUGCUCCGUCUCCUGUGCUAUCUUAACGAGCCCAACGCCCAUCCACCGCACUGCGUGCCUCCGCCGAACACCGCACCCCAGCUCAAUUGUGCGCAGCCAACAAAGCAGCCCCGGGCGUUACAUCACGGCCUGCUUGCGUGUUCCCCAGACCUUCCUUCUCCACGUUCACUACCCACGCCGCGACGCUUGUCUCAGCCGAGUUUCGCCUUUCCCUACCAGUCUACGAGGAGUUCUUGUCUUUUGAUACCCCAGCGACGUCAUCAUGGCCAACGCCGGCUUCGCUACGUCCUUUUGGUCGCAAGACUACGCGGGUGGCCUGGGAGUGCUGUUUGGCAAGCUGCAGCAGGGCGUGCAGGAGAACCAGCAGAUCCUGACCGUUGCCCGCCUGCGCGCCGACGCCGAGGACGCAUACGGGAGCAGCCUGUCCAGCAUCACGUCUGCGACCGAGCGCAUAAGUGGAGGAUUUGCCAAAGACGAGGGCGCAAGCGUCCGCAAGGCUUACGAUGGCGUGCGCACCGAAAUGGAGGCCGCCGCGCAAAACCACAACAAGAUUGCGUCCAACAUCCGCGAGCUCGUCGUGAACCCGUUCGGCCGCUGGUGCGAGGCGCAUGCUGCCCGCGUGCAGAACUCGCAGGACGACCUCCAAUCGCGCAUCAAGAUCCACGACCGACAAGCUGACGCCGUGCGCAAGUUCCGCUCGCAGUACUACAACAAGUGCCGGCUGGUGGAGGAUCUGGAAGAGGAGGACAAGCUGGCUUUCCAAGACCCCCAGAGCGAGGCACUUGCGAGUCCCAAGGCGAAGGUCCCCACCAUCAAGAUGACAGAGCCUGAAGACGCCGAGGAGGAGCCGAUUGACCUGGGCGACGAGACCUACCAGCCCGAGCAGGUGAAGAAGAUCCUGACCCACAUGCUGGAGACCAUCAAGCUCGGGGAAGUCAAGGUCCCUAUUAUCGGAACCUACCAGAACUGCUCCUCUGGCGCCGACAUCACCGAGUACAUCCAGAAGCACCUUGGAGCCACAAGCGUCAGCUAUGCAGAGAGAAUCGGCCAGGAUCUGGUCAACCACGGCUUUCUGCGUCUCAUUGGCAACGUCGGUAACGCGUUUGCGAACAGCUCCCGCAUGAACUACCAGUGGAAGACAAAGGUCUUCACGAUUACCGGAAUUCCCGAGAAGAAGACGCCCCUGGGACGUUCAGGCACUGCUGCGUCUACCAUGUCGAACGACAGCGUGACUGUGGAUUCGCCAGGAGGCGUUAUGCAGGAGUACCUCUCAGGCUGGAACCCGCUCAACAACCAGUACCCCAACGAGACAGCCCCGGAGAGGCUGCGACGAGAGGCUCGCGAGUCUGACGAACGCUACAAGGCCGCAGUGAAGAAGCUGGACUCCCUGCGAUGCAACUUGGAAGAGGCUAUGAUCGACCACCUGAAGUUCAUGGAGCGCUGCGAGUUGGACAGGCUGAAGGCCAUCAAGGCUGUCAUUCUCGACUUUUCUGGCGCCAUCAGCAACGUCAUUCCCAGUCUGCAGAGCACGGUUGACAAGAUGAUGCUUUUCCAGGAGACGGUCCAGCCGCUGGGCGAUCUUCGCUACAUGUUGGAGAACUACCGUACUGGGCCGUUUGUGCCUAAGGUCACGACUUACGAGAACUACUACAACUCGGUUGACGAGCAGACGUUUGGCGUGGAUCUCGAGGCACGCGCUCGCUCCGACAAGAAGCGCGUUCCUAUCCUGAUUACCACGAUUUUGACUUUCCUGGACAACCACUACCCCGAUCUUGAGGGUGAUGAGGCUCGUCGUGGUAUCUGGCUUGUUGACGUGCCGUUGUCUCAGACACACAACCUCAGGGCCACCAUCAACACCGGCAAGAGAUUCGAGGAUGAGAUUCUGGAGAAGUACGAUAUACCCAUUGUUGCGAGCGUUUUGAAGCUUUACCUCCUGGAACUUCCCGAUUCCCUCGUCUCAUCUCACGUUUACGAAAUUAUCAAGACCAUUUACAGCACUACCGCAUCGGAUGUAGACGAGGCCACCCGAGUCACAGUCCUCCAGUCCACACUUGGUCAGCUUCGUCUCGCGAACAUUGCAACUCUUGAUGCAAUCUGCACACACUUCACGCGAUUGAUCGAGCUGACCUCAGCCGACGAGACCUACGUUGCUGCACUGGCGAAUGCACUUGCACCCUGCAUUCUGCGUCCAAGGCUGGAGAACACUCUGACCAUGAACGAGCGCUACAGCUACCGCCUCGUGCGCGAUCUCUUCGCUCACAAGGAUGCCAUUUUCGGAGAGCUGAAGCGUGCCAGCACACUCACGCACUCUAGUUCGGGCUCGCAGCGCCCUCGUGCCAUCUCAACUGAUGAGAGCAACCGACGUGCGAACAUGGAGGAGCGCCAGCGAGCUAUCGCUGCACAGCGAUCCCCUCGAGGCGUUUCGCCAGGCCCCAGCAACCGCAGCAGCGGUUCUCACCGUCGUGACCGCAGUCAGACGCGCUUCCCCGUGAACGCCAACAACUCACCUACCGAAUCACGGAGAGCGCCCACGAACCGCGGUUCUCUUGAGGUCCCUGACCCUGACAGCCCCAGUGCUGGCGCUUCGGCUUCUACGAACGGCACGACAGACGACACCUCCGAUGCCCCAGCACCCUCAGCUGUCCCGGCACGUGCUGCGGAGAUGUAUGAGCCUAUUCCUUUCUCGCCUGUUGAGCAUCCGGCACCUUCAAGCACACGCGUGCCCCUAGCGCUUGGCGGCAGAAAGCACGCCGGCAGCCUGGCAAGAGGCAACCGAGAUUCAAUGGGCAGCCUCAAGCGGGGCGGCAACCGCGACUCGACUGGUAGUCUCAGGAGUCUUGCGAACGCCAGCAACGAAGACGGGCCCAGCGGCGUGACACUCGAGGACCCGGCGCCGCGAGGGGUAACGCUGGAGGACAAGCCCAUGGACGACUAGUGGUUGUUCUGAGCCCAACGACAGUGCAAUAUACCUAACGAAGGAGCGAUAGCGAUAGAUAUAGGAGGAGAUUUUGAUGCCUAACGUCGUCACGGCUACGAUAUCAGCGACUAGCGUGUAAUCACUUGCGGGACACUUUGGUGGUUCUUUUGUUAAUACUGUCAAUGAUCACAUGCUUCAGAUUCUUGAGUUCGUUGUCG